UUCACACCUCGCGAGAGCCGCCGGCCCCACCGCCCCGGGUGACGCCUCGGCUCGGCCGUUACGGGCAAGAGAGAGAAUGGCGGCGGCGGCAGGCGGGCGGCUACUGGCCACGGCCGCGGCUCGCUUGGGGCGGGCGGGCCGGGGCGGGCCGCGCAGCUCCCCGGCCACGCAGCUUGUGCCCUUCCGGAGCGCCACCGUCACCCGCAGCGGCGCCAUUUUGCCCAAGCCGGUUAAGACGCCCUUCGGCCUCCUCAGAGUGUUCAGCGUUGUGAUCCCUUUCCUGUACGUCGGGACUCAGAUCAGUAAGAACUUUGCAGCCCUACUUGAAGAACAUGAUAUCUUUGUCCCAGAGGAUGAUGACGAUGAUGAUUAAAGGAACUGUUAUGGAAGAACAGAAGGGCAAAAACCAUUCACAACGCAAUGGUUCCAACAUCCGUCACUUGUGCUUUGUCCUUCCUAAACGGGACGGGGGGGCUCUGCAUCCCCUUUGCCAGUGAGUGUCCUGCACGUGUCUGGAAAUCUGUAGCUCUGGGUUGAAGGAAGUGCUUGAUAGGCCCUGCAUCCUUGCACACACACGAUCACCUCAUCAAAGACUGCUUGGGAUUCCUUUUAUUAGCAAUAUGGGAAACACUUAAUUAAAGAUGAAGAGAUCGAGAUGUA